AUGGAUAAUGACAAGGGAGAAAGAUUUGUGCAAACUGUACUUCCAUUGUUCUCCAAGGGAGGUGUCUGUGUGGCUUUUGUAGAAAGAAUCCCUGUGACAAUUUCUGCCUCUGAAGUUAAUGAGUUGGUAGAAUGGGGGGCAAAACUACAUGAUAAAGUCAUAGAUAGCAACGCCAAUAUAAUGAUGUUCUACGGAGAAACUAUUUCCAUGGUGUAUUUGAGAUGGUUUCCAUAUCUAUCCAAAAAAGAAUAUAUGAUGGAUAUAUCAAAAGGCAAAGUGUGGAUAAUGACAGCCCAGAUGGAGCUCAUCUCAAUGGCCUAUCAAAAGGACUGGGAUACAGAAAUAUUCCAUGGUGCUCUGUCCUUUACAAUUCACUCCAGUAACCCACCAGGCUUCAAGCUGUUUGUUGAGAGCAGAAAUCCUUCCAGUAGAAACGGAGAUGGCUUUAUCAGGGAUUUCUGGCAACAGGCUUUUAACUGUGAAUUACCAAAUACAGUUGUGGGCAAGGUAGAUGGAGACAUUUGCACUGGGGAGGAGAAGCUGGAGAGCCUUCACGGAGCUUUUUUUGAAAUGGGCAUGACUGGCCACAGCUACAGCAUCUAUAAUGCUGUCUAUGCUGUUGUCCAUGCUUUACAUGCCAUGCUGACAUCUGGAGUCAAAAACAUUUCAAGGGGGAAUGGAAUCAAACACAGAAAAACGAGGAAUCAAAGGAAUCUGAAACUUCAGAAUCAACAAAUGUGGCAGCUCCAUCAGUUUUUGAAAGGUAUUUCGUUUAACAACAGUGCUGGGGAACAGACUUCCUUUGACCACAAUGGGGAGUUAGUAGCUGGAUUUGAUGUGUUCAACUGGAUUAUUUCAUCAAAUCAAUCCUUUCAUAGAGUGAAAGUUGGGUGGAUGGAUCCCCAAGCUCCUCCAGAGGAAGCCUUCUUCAUAAAUGAGGGCGCUAUUACAUGGCACAGCUGGUUUAACCAGGUGAAGCCACUUUCCGUAUGUAGUGAGAGUUGCCAUCCUGGUUCUAGCAAGAGAGUGAAGGAGGGAGAGCCAUUUUGCUGCUAUGAUUGCAUCCCAUGUCCAGAAGGGAAGAUUUCUGACCAGGAGGACAUGAGUGACUGCAGUAAAUGUGUAGAACAAAAGUAUCCAAGCAAAAAUCAAGAUUUUUGUAUUCUCAAAGUUAUAAGCUUUCUGUUUUAUGAAGAGCCUUUGGGGAUCAGUUUAGCCUGCCUUGCUCUUUCCCUUUCUGUCAUAACAGUUCUAGUGCUAAGAACAUUUAUGAAGCACCACAACACUCCCAUAGUCAAAGCAAACAACCGGGACCUUACGUACACUCUCCUCAUCUCCCUUCUGUUAUGCUUUCUUUGUGGAUUGCUAUUCAUCGGUCAACCAGGGAAAGUGACGUGUCUUCUCAGGCAAACUGUGUUUGGCACCAUCUUUUCAGUAGCUGUUUCUUGUGUUCUUGCAAAAACUAUCACAGUGGUUCUGGCUUUCAUGGCUACCAAACCAGGAUCCAGGAUGAGAAAAUGGGUGGGGAAAAGACUGGCCAAUUCCAUUGUUAUUUCCUGCUCACUUGUCCAAGGAGGCAUCUGUAUCCUGUGGUUAGGAAUCUCUCCUCCAUUCCCAAGUGUGGACAUGCAGUCAAAAUUUGAAGAGAUAGUAUUGGAAUGUAAUGAAGGGUCUGUGACUAUGUUUUACAGUGUCCUGGCAUACCUGGGUUUCCUGGCGAUUGCCAGCUUCACUGUGGCCUUCUUUGCCAGGAAGCUACCAGGCAGUUUCAAUGAGGCCAAGUUUAUCACUUUCAGCAUGUUGGUCUUUUGCAGUGUAUGGCUAUCCUUUGUUCCAACGUAUCUGAGCACCACUGGAAAAUACAUGAUGGCUGUAGAGAUCUUUUCUAUCUUAACAUCCAGUGCUGGGAUACUAGGAUGCAUGUUUUUCCCCAAAUGUUACAUUAUUGUAUUGAAACCUGAGUUGAACAAGAGGGAACAAUUAAUAAUAAGAAAAGAUUGA